GUGAGUUGUUGGUGGAGUCAGUGUAGUGUUGAUCCGGUGUCUCCGUCAGUUUGUGAACAUGGUGCAGAUCCUGGUGUCCCGGGAUCCGCAAGGACAACCAGAAGACUGGCUUCUGAUGGAGCUACAGGGGCAGAUAGAAGAUCGGAAACAGGAUGGUCUCACUGGCAAGGUGAUGGGAGAUCUGCAUUAUACCAAAGAGGGUGUCCCACUGCUGAUUGUUGGACAUCACAUCCUUUAUGGGAAGGUGGUGCGUCUAGACAAGCCGUUUGCAGUUUUGGUAAAGAGCAGCAGCUCCAUGCAGGAGGCAGAUCAUACUAUGACUGAGGCAAGCACUAGGUAUCAGGUGACUGCACUGAUCAAGAAGAAAAUCAUCUUCAAAACAAGGCCCAAGCCCAUCAUCACUAAUGUCCCGAAGAAGGUGUGACCAGGAGGCUUACAUUUGGAGUGCAAAGAACUGAUGUUUGGGUAGCUGUCUAAAAAUAUGGGGAUUUUAUUCCAGCACCUUAAAUUUUACCAAAUGUUCAAAAUUUUACCUUUUGUCAGUAUGCUUCAAGUCUCGACUGUGCAGAAAAGAAUCAAUUAUUAUUUGCAUAUAGGGUUUUUUCCCCCCAGUAGCAGUAAUGGCAGGAGGGUAUGAGGUGCAUCAUUUCUGUUCUUUACAAGGAUCACAUAUAUAGGAUGGAAAAAACUAACUUUUCCCAAGAAAAGCAGAGAAAUAUGUUUCUCACUUAAUGCUAUACACUGUACUGCGUAAUAUAAUUGCGAUACAAUUUUGGAGUGCACCAGUUUAAGUUUGAGAUAAUAAAUAUAUAUAAAUUAGGGAUGCACCGAAUACACUAUUUUGGAUACGGCCAUACCCCCGAAUCCUUCGCGAAAGAUUCGUCAGAAUACCGCACCGAAUCCAAACUUGCAUAUGGGAAAAGGAAAACAUUUUUUACUUCCUUGUUUUGUGACAAAGUCACGUGAUUUCCCUCCCCACCCCUAAUUUGCGUAUGCAAAUUCAGAUUCGGUUCAGACAGGCAGAAGGAUUCGGCCGAAUUCGACUCCUGCUGAAAAAGGCAGAAUCCUGUGUUUGCGUAUUAUGGGGGACCUUAUUCAGCCUCCCAUUACAGCAAAAUGGGCAAUAAGGAAAUUAAGUAUCUGUUUCUGUAUAGAUUCUUGAUUUGUGUAAUACAGCUUUCAAGAGCUGUGUCAAGAGCACGGUUCCUGAAUUUUCCUCAGCCAGAAGUAACAUAAACGAUAACAAGUUUUAACUUUAGCUCAUUGGAAGCUGAGGUGGGAGAGGUUCCCAAAGAUUUAGUAAAGGUCAAAUGUUAAUUCAUAUACUUUACUUCUCCUUUAAAUAAAGUGCAAUCUUACUGUGA